AUGUUGGUGGAGCUGCUCUUCCAUGCUGCCUGUGUGUCCCUGUUCUUCCCGGGAAGCCAGGGCAGGGUCUAUCCCGGCAAGAAGAAGCCAACCAGCUUUGCUGUAGAGAGACGUCGCCUGGGACCCCAUGUCUGCUUCUCAGGCUUUGGCAGCGGAUGUUGCCCCGGGUGGAUGGUGGCCCCAGGCAGUGGCCACUGCACCCUGCCUCUUUGCUCCUUCGGCUGCGGCAGUGGCUUCUGCAUUGCUCCCAACCUCUGCUCGUGCCCGGAUGGAGAGCAGGGCGUCACCUGCCCAGAGCCACCAGGGACGUGUGGGGAGUACGGCUGUGACCUCUCCUGUAACCACGGUGGGUGCCAGGAGGUCUCCCGAGUCUGCCCUCUUGGCUUCUCCAUGCUGGAGACGACCAACGGCGUGCGCUGCACCGACAUCGACGAGUGCCUGAGUGCUGCCUGCGAAGGGCUCUGCGUCAACACCGAGGGCGGCUUCGUCUGCGAGUGCGGCCCUGGCAUGCAGCUCUCCGCCGACCGCCACAGCUGCCAGGAUACAGACGAGUGCCUGGCCACGCCGUGCCAGCACCGCUGCAAGAACAGCGUCGGCAGCUACCGCUGCUCCUGCCGGCCUGGCUACCACCUGCACGGCAACCGCCACUCCUGCCUGGACGUCAACGAGUGCCGGUGGCCCGGGGGGCGCCGCGCCUGCCACCACUCCUGCCACAACACCCCGGGCAGCUUCCUCUGCUCCUGCCGCCCCGGCUACCGCCUCAGCGGGGACAGGGUCUCCUGUGAAGGUUACCCCAAAUCCAUCCUGGCCCCGUCGCCCAUCCUGCAGUCCCUGCAGCAUCCACCCACCCUCGUCCUGCUGCCACCCGGCUCUGGAGGACCCCUCCUGGGGGGACAAGUGCUCUGCGAGGCCAUCAGCUGCCCUGUGUCCUGCUCCCACCCACUGCCAGCCCCAGUCGGGGGCUGCUGUCCCAGCUGCUCAGGGUGCUGGUAUGAGGGGGUGGCCCGGGCUGAGGGUGAUGUCUUCUCCUUAUCCAAUGGGAACUGCACUGUCUGCCUCUGCCUGGGUGGUAACAUCUCCUGCAUCACCCCUGAAUGCCCCCCAGGCUCCUGCCCCAGCUCUUCACCAGCUGACUGCUGCUCCUGCCAGCCAGCAAAGUGCAGCUUUCGGGGCCGUUCGUACCCACACGGUGCCCACUUCAGCCUGGAUGGGGAUGAAUGUACCACCUGCACCUGCAGGGGUGGGGAGGUGGAGUGUUCCUUUGCUCCCUGCCCCGUGCUCAACUGCCCUCAGCACCAGCGGCUCCUGCGCCCAGGGCAGUGCUGCUUCACCUGCCAGGACCCCCCAGCCCCUGCUGGUUGCUUGAUGGAUGACAACGGGGUGGAGUUUCCCGUCGGACAGAUCUGGUCUCCGGGCGAUCCCUGUGAGUUAUGCAUCUGCCAGGCAGACGGCUCGGUCAGCUGCACACGGACGGACUGCCUGGAGAGCUGUCCCCACCCCAUCCGCAUCCCCGGCCAGUGCUGCCCCGACUGCUCCGCAGGCUGCACCUACAUGGGAAGGAUCUUCUACAACAAUGAGACCUUUCCCUCCAUCCUGGACCCUUGUCUCAGCUGCAUCUGCCUGCUGGGCUCGGUGGCCUGUUCACCUGUGGACUGUGCCAUCUUCUGCACCUACCCCUUCCACCCUGAGGGCGAGUGCUGCCCAGUCUGUACUGACUGCAACUACCAGGGUAGGAAGGUGGUGAAUGGGCAGAGCUUCACCCCCGAGGGACAGCCCUGCACCCGCUGCACCUGCCAGCUUGGAGAGGUGAGCUGUGAGAAGAGGCUGUGCCCACAUUCCUGCUCCGAGUCCUCUGCACUGCCUGCUGCCUGCUGCCCACCCUGCCAAGCCACCGAUGCCCGGCUCCCGCUGCAGAGCAGUGACCUGGCCCCAGCCCUGGCCCCACCCCCACCCCAUGAGGAUUCACCCAUUGGCACCCCCUCUCCCAGCCCCCCAUCACCCCCUGUGCCCCCUCGCCCCAGCCUGGCACAGCUCCUGCUCCCCAACACAGCCCCCCUCGGACCCUCCCGGAGGAGCACAGCGGCUGGGGAGCCCCCUCCAACCACACCCAGCCCCACUGGGCAUCCAGCGCCCCCCACUCUGCCCCCCAACAUCCCCCCCGAGGCCGCAGCCCCCCCAGAUUCUACGGGCAGCCCCAGUUUGAGUCCCAGGACCUGGGGACCCCCCCCAAAUGUGGAACCUUCUGUUGUGCCACCAGCCAGUGGGGAGAGCCAUGGUGGGCAUGAGGCACCCUAG